CCCACCCCACUCCCAUUCCCGACCCUCCCGUCUCCCCCUCCUCCCACCCCCACCAUCGCCGCUCCCCGGCGGGCGCUGCCCUAAUCGGAUCCAACUAUGAUAUCCGAGACGCAGUGCCCCCCGUUCCGGCGAUAUCCCCCAAUUACUCUCGUCCCAGAGCGCGAUGGCGAGAUCUGGCGGCAAGCGAGGCGUGAUGGAGCACCACUGCCUGGACCGAUUCCGCCGCCGGCGACUCCUCGCCUUUCUCCGCCGCAACAACCUUCCCGCCACCUUCGACGCGCUGAAGCACGAGACGCGCGUCUUUCUCGAUCUGCGGUUCCUGCGGCGCCUGGUGGCGGACGGCCGGUGGCAGGAGGCGCGAGAGUACUUCAGCCGCUUCCUGCCGUGCCGGGAUGAGGUCGACGCGCACACCGCGCUCAGAUUCAUCACUCGCCUCGGCGUUCUCGACGACAUGGCCCAGGGGAAGCUGGGGUGCAUCGAUGCUGCCGACGAUCUCCGGACCCAACUCGAGUCUUACCCUUCCAGCAUGAUCGAGGCCGACCCGCACUACGCCGAUGCUGUCUGCGCAAUCUUAUACAAUGGCUCUCACCCGGCUUACUGGGAUCCCGUGGACUGGCGGCUCAUUAGGCUCAAAGCCGCACAGGUUGUCAAGGACUUGGUCACGCGAACCACUGAGUUCAGGCAUCUGCUGCGGUUGCUGCGGUGUCCAAGCCACCCAUGUCACACAAUCCCCUUCGGGUUUAGGGGUUGCCGGAGGCAUAAGAGGAAGAAGAACUAGGCCGCAUGUCGGCAUCUCUUCUUGCCCGCCGUUUUCUUCAGAAAGAGAGGCGUCCUUCCUCACCAUGCACUCAAGGCUUAUCGUGUGAACCUAUGGAUUUGGAGGAAAUUAUUGAUGAAACUUUGCUAGCUGGGAAGCAGGAGGUCAAAGAACAUUCAGAUUCUUGCAGUGAAGGCAUUCCAACAGUACCUGCUAAUGCAGGUAUACUCAACAGUAUUCUUUCCAGUUGGUUGAACCCUGAACAUUUUCAUUGCCUGUUACUUACUAAAUUGUAUCUACUUAGUUAUCCUUCAUAUUUUUCUUGUGCAGUCACAAAGUGUUUGAGUCAAGAAUGUUCCGCUGAAAGUGCCAAUUGCGCAAAACUAAAACCUACAACUAGGGAGUUUUGUCCGGAUGUCGUCAAUGCAGUGGACGCUGAUCAUGUUUUAAAUAAAGUAAGGGCCCUGGGAGACAUUUCAAAUGCCAUGAUCAUGCUGGUGAAGUACACAUCCACACAUGGUCCAGAUCCCAGGAUGUUCGUGGAGAAAUUAAUGGAGCAGGAGAAGCUGCUAUUCGAACUGCGAUUAGAUUGCGUAAAUGCAAUGAUAAGAGGUUGUAGUACUUCUUCAUUCGCAACUUGAGCACCCGGCAGAACCUGAAACUCUUACCCGCUGCAUUUAUUGAUGUGCCUCCCUCCGUACCUCUAGAUGCAUCCAUUUGAUCGACAAAUAAUUUUGAAUGGAGGAAAUACAAGUUAGAUACAUCCAUUCGAGUGACAUGACAAAUAAUUCCGGACGGAGAAAGUACAAGUUAUAGCAUAUUGGUUUC